UUGUUUUCAGGUGUUUUGCUACGUCUUAGAUAUAUAUAUGUUAUUAUACUUUACAAAAAUUUUACCAGGAAUGCAAAACAAUAAAUACGCUGUAUAUUUUUGAGCAAUAGAAAAUUUGUUCUUGUAAUAAUGGAAUUGCUGAGGUAUUAUGAAACAAGGAACCUAGCAAAAGAUUAUGACAAAUAUCGUCCGUCUUACUCUCAAGAAGUUGCAGAAAAAAUUAUGAAAGAGGUACAUUUGCAAAUUAAUUCUUCUGCACCAUUUACCAAAUUGGGAAAAAUGUUGGAUGUAGGCUGCGGAGGUGGUCAGGCUACAUGUCUGUUUUCUCCUUAUUUCGAGUCCGUACUGGGAAUAGACAUAAGUGCUGGCCAGAUUUCAGUUGCAAUUGAAAAGAAUAAUGAGAAAAACGUGCAAUUUCAAUUGGUCAACAGUGGAAAGUUUCCUCUUCCAGAUAAUAGCAUUGAAUUUGUUAAUUGUGCAACUGCUGCUCAUUGGCUGGAUAUCACUCUGUUUGAAAGUGAGUGUGAAAGAGUAUUAAAACGUAACGGUUGUGUGGCGUUAUAUGCAUAUUUACAUAAAGAAGUUAUCGAUAUGAAUACAGGAAGAAUGUUAGCAUUGGAGCACGACUAUCGUCAAGCAAUACGAGUAUUCUUUAAAGCAAUUUACGCUCAUCCUCGAAAUCGUUUAGUAGAAAAAAGAUAUGAACCAAUUUUUGAUCAACUGGCAAAUCCUACUAAGAGAUGGGUCGAAAACAUUACUUUCGUCAAGUAUGACACUUUUCAUACUUUUAGAGGAUAUUUUGAUACAAUCGGAGAAUAUCGUAAUACAAUGAAUAAUCGCGAUACGGGUGACAAAGAUCCUUUGGAUGAAAUGAUGAAUCGACUAAAAGAGAUAUGGGAAUUAAAUGAUAAACAGGACAAUGAAAUUCAACUUAAAGUUAUCUAUGAAGUAAAUACAAUCAUGUUUCAUAAAGAGUAGCAAACGCUGCUCAAAUGUCUGAACAUACUCUUAGUACUGAGAAUCACAGAUUCUUUAUUGUCUUUCCUUAAUUCACAUAGUCAGCGCAGAAUAUACUCAAUCAAUAGUGCAAUUGAUACGUUUUAAUUAAAAGGUUUAUUUACGAUAUAAUAUGCGAAUCCACAAGUUGCCUCAAAUGUUGCGUACCAGAUCGUUUGUAAAUAUAAUUCAACAAAGUAUUUUUUUUUUAAGUAUCGAUUUCCAAAAGAUUAUCUUUAUCUUAUCUAAAUAAGAUUAAUAUUUUCUUUUUGCAACUAAAAUUAUAGACCUUUGUUGCGCCUCAGUUUGGCACACCCAUGACCUUAACUGCAGACGCUUUUCAUAUUACACAUGCAAUGAAGUGAUCGUGCUUCCGAGAAUCAAAGUUUAAGUUUUGAAUAUAAUACUUAGUUAAAUAAUCAUCUUAAACAAACGAAGCUCAGUUACAUUUAUCAUCUUUACCUAUACCUAUUUUGUAAUUUCAAAUUAAUUUGCUAAUUUAAUUCAAUUCAAUGUUUUGAACGCUUACGACCUACAACAAAAAAAAUGGAAAAAUUGUGCAGGGUAAAAUUAAGCAAAUCAUAUUUGGAAUAAUUAAAUAUUUUUUGAAUCGUUCCCAAAUAUAUUCCAAUUCCUUCAUUUGCUUCAUACUUUUAUUGAUUGGAAUAUACAAUCCACUCUUAUUUGAACCGUUUAUUCGGAGGUAAAUAUAUGGUAUGUCGUGCAAUGGUCUAGAACAGGAAUUCCC